CAAUUGUGGCAUGCGCCUUACUCUCGUUUGCUCGCCAGCGUGGCAGCAAACAAAACACAAGAUUGUAAUGAUCUUCUAGUAUUUAGUUGCUUAUAAUUUAUAGAAAGCAUCCAUUCAAUGAUUAGCCAGAGAAAUUAGAACGCGUGUGUGUGUUAAUAAUAUUUUUUUUUUAUUUUCAAAUAUGGAAAAGGAAAAAGUGAGGACUAAGGAGCUUUUAAUUCAAGUUUUGGCCACUGCUAUUAUAUGUUUCCAAGCAUGCCUGACUGGAUUUGUGGUAUCAUGGCCUUCCUAUACAGUGGGCAACUUUAUGUCCAACGAAACAGUCUUGUCCAGACCAAUGUCUUCAUUAGAUGUGUCACUGUUGGGUAGUUUGCCCAACAUUGGUGGACUUAUCAUCAGUCCCUUUUGUGGAUACGCCUUUAACACUUUUGGAAGAAAAUAUGCUACUAUAUUGUUUACGCUACCUUAUAUUUUGACAUGGCUAAUAAUAUCAGUGACGUCGAGUGUUCCUCUAGUCUUGGCUUCAAUGUGCAUUGGUGGCAUCGGCAUAGCGGGGCAGAACGUGGCCAUCAUCUACAUUUCGGAGAUAGCACACGACUCCAUACGUGGAGGCCUAACUGCUAGCUCUGCUUCAGGGUACUUUUUAGGUAUACUAGUAACGUACGCGCUGGGCGGCAACUUGGGUUACAUGGAAGUUAUAUAUACACACUUGGGGCUCUCCAUACUCUGUGUGUUAUUACUUUUGUUACUUCCUGAAUCUCCUGUGUUCCUAGUACUUGUCGGGAGAGAAGAGGAUGCAGCUAAAUCAAUAGCAUUCUAUCGACAACUGGAUGCAAAGUCCAAAGAGGUUGAAGCUGAGAUCGCUAAGAUCAGACUACAGAUUGACCCAAGACUUGAAACCUUGCUAGAGGGAGACAAUGAUCCAGAAACACUAGGGGAACUGGUGGAAAAGAAAUUAGGUGCUCCAGAAGAGAGAAAGAGCGAGUCCGCAUGGAAACAUUUCAAAAAAUCGAAAUCAUCGAAGCGUGCUCUGAUGAUGGUACUUAUAAUAAUGGCAUUAACGAUCAUGAUGGGUUGUGUGGUCCUCCAAGUGUAUGCCGAGCCGUUGUUCAAGGAAGCUGCUCCAACGAUGCCAUCCAACCAAUGCGCCAUCUUCUUAGCAUUAGAUUUCUUAAUAGCUAGUGUUCUCUGUGUAUUGGCUAUCGAUAGGUUUGGCAGGAAGUUCCUCUUGAUCCUGACAUCAGCUGGUUCCGGUAUCUGCACGGUGCUGCUCGGAGCACAGCUGCAGUUCCACUGGGCUCCAGCCUGGUUCACCGUCCUUCUUAUAUACGGGUUCAGCUUCAUCUUCACAUUGGGAUGUGCUGUUAUACCUUUUGUGUUGACUGCUGAAGUGUUCUUGCCAGAGGUCAGAAGUUUCUGUAACAGCGUCGUGAUGGCGUUCACAUGGGUUUUCAACUUUCUCACUUUGGUCAUCUUCCAUCCUUUAGUCGAAGCUAUAGGUUUGGGGCCAGUAUUCUAUUUCUUCUCUGUAGUCUGUUUUACUGGUACCAUCUACAGCCAGUUCUGUAUUCCGGAGACUAAGGGACUGUCAGCUGAUGCCAUUCAACUUCUCUUCUUAAAAGGAAGAAGGCAGAGUAUAAAGAGUAUUAAGAAGUGAGAGUGCUUUAGACUUAUGUUGGAACCAAUGUUUGGUUCACAUUUUGUUGGUCGUUCUUUGGUUGUGUGAUAUUAUUUUUAUGUGAAAUAAAAUUAUUAUUUAUUA